UUCCAAGAACACUUUCUUUCCUCCUCUCUUCUCUUCUCCCUCCCAACCUCGCUGCGCUCUGCGUGCGCUCAACUGCACCGAUUUCAGAUGUAUCCCCGUCGGGCAGCGUGAAGUGCGUUUCCCGAAAGAAUAAAAGUUCAAAUGAAGGAAGAAAAGUUGAACUAGGCUAGAACGGGCGGCUAGAGGAAAGCAAUACGCUGCGCUGAAAAAGAAUGGGCUCCCUGCUGAGCGGCACCGCGUCCCCACUCCUGACAUCACUGCUGGCCUUCAUUUUCUGGGGAUUUUCUUGCGUCUGGACUGAGGACUUGAGGGAGCGAGACUCGUUGUGCAACGCGGACGGCUGCCUGGUGCUCUACUUCCAGCGAAAGACCUUCUUGGACUCAUGGAGGGCCUGCAAGGAGAAGGGCGGCGACUUGGCCACCCUAAAACGCCAGGUGGACGCCGCCGCCGUCCACGCUCUCUUCACCACGGUGGACUUGCGCCACUCGCGCACCAAAGUCCAAGUCUGGAUCGGGCUGCAGCGUCAACCCCGCCAGUGCACCGCCGCGCGACCCCUUCGGGGUUUCUCGUGGACGACGGGUGACCAGGACACAGAAUAUACAAACUGGCAGAGAGAGUACUCGCACGCCAUGUGCUCGGUGCCCCGCUGCGUGGUUAUGGGGUACAACACUGAGGAUCCGGGCGAAAACUUGAAAUGGCUGGAUGGCUCCUGCUCCGUGCCCGUGGAUGGUUAUCUGUGCCACUAUGCCUACAAAGGAAUGUGCCCUGCCUUGUGGAGCGAGGGCUCCGGCAACGCCUUUUACGCCACGCCGUUUGGCCUUCUCAGCACCCUUCUGACCCACGUACCCUUGGGAUCUGUGGCGACCGUGCCUUGCGAGACCGAACAGCAGUCCGUAGUGUGUGUGUUGAGGGAAGACGGUUCGGCGGGGUGGUCCAGGGAUUCCCCUCUCUGCUCCGAUCCCCCCGCGUCGCACGACUGGUGCCAGGAGAAUAACGGCGGCUGCGAGCAUUUCUGCAGGCAAGCCGGCGAGCACUCGUACUGCGAGUGCGCCGAAGGCUAUCGACUCGGAGACGAUGGUCAAAGCUGCGUACUUUCCGACGCUUGCCAAGAGGCCAACUGCCAGGUUGAGUGUGUGCCUCUAUCGGAGGGCUACCGUUGCGCCUGCCCCGACGGUUACAUGCUGGCUCCGGAUGAACACGGCUGUCUGGACGUGGACGAGUGCCUCCAGAGUCCCUGCGAGCACGGUUGCGUCAACUCUCCCGGGAGCUUUGAAUGUCGCUGUCAGGAGGGCUACCUCCUCAACGACGAGGGGAUCUGCGAGGAUCUGGACGAAUGUCAAAGUAAUCCGUGCGAACACUCCUGUGAGAACACGGAGGGCUCCUUCCUUUGCCACUGCCAUUACGGGUUCUCGCCGCAGCCCGAGGACCGCAGUCGGUGCCAAGACACGGACGAGUGCCAGAUACCAGGAACCUGCGAGCACAUGUGUUUCAACUACGAGGGCGGCUUCGAGUGCUAUUGUAUGGAAGGCUACCAACUCGUCAUGUCUGACUCGUCUUCUUGUCAGAAGAUAGGUGACCAAUCCGCCGUCACGCCGCCCUUUCCUUGGGUCACCCCGCAGCCUGGACCCCAAUGGGAUCCUAUGGACUACAAUUGGCCCCCACAGCCAGGGCAAACCGUUUGGGAACCGGAGGGGGAUCAGACGCUUGACUGGUUGACUGACCCUCCCAAAGUUUGGGGAUCUGAUGUCAUAUGGGUGACCAGCGCGCCUCAGGAGGACGUUUUACAUCCAGCGCCAGAGACGGUGACCGAGGCGGUAAACCUUGAUGGCCACGCUGACCUUCUGCCAACGACCAUCACGACCACACCUGCCCUGACGCACCCGCCCACCGUCCCCAGCACCUCGCUUUACUUGUAUGAUGAGGAUGAGGAAGAAGAGCAGGAGACCACUCCUUUCCCCUUUUCUUCUACCUCUACCCUCUCAGAGGGAGCUGGGAAUUGGUGGGCGGGGUUCUCAACGGUGCCCCAGAACCAAGGAAAUCCAGAGGAUAAAGUCACAGUGUCUGACACGCUGACUGAUUCCGGUUAUCGCAAUCCGUCGGAGAAAGAAAAACAAUCCCCGCAGGAAGAAAAGCGAGGGAAGGACGCGAACGAUGCGCCGACCACCACCGAAGAUGCGCCCGCUUGGAUCGGCCCCUCUCAGCCGCCCGCGAUCAACCACUCGGAUUCUGUCCAGGAGGGCAGGGGGCCGAGUCAGAGUAGAACCUGGCUCCUGGUGGGCCUCUUGGUGCCCAUCUGUAUCUUUGUCGUGUUAAUGGUCGUUCUGGGGAUCAUCUACUGCACCCGCUGCGCGGUACGGCCUCGGAGCAAGACCGGCACAGACUGCUACCACUGGAUCUCUGGUGCUCAUGAUAAACAGGGGGCGGCCGGCCCUUCGUCAGGGGUCAAGGGUCAUGUCUAAUUAGAGCGCAGCCACGUUGGCUUGACCUAAAAAAUGUUUUUUUUUUUUUAAACGCAACGUGAAAAGGCACGCUGGAAUAAGUGAGAAUUGCGCCAUCGUAUCCGUUGAUGUAGCAGAUGAGAGACACUGAAAACGUUUUCUUUUUGUGUCGUUGCUUCGCUUGUAUGUUGCAAACACUGAUCAUUAGACCCCCCCCCCAACCCCCGCCCUCCCAAGUUCUCAACUGAAGAGAACUGUCAACUCCAUGAAUGAUUGAUGACAUCGAGGUACGGUUUUUUCACAAGUGCAGUAAACGGGGAAUUGUCAUGAUCAGUUCUUUGGUUUGGAGCCAAAAGUUCCAUCGGUUGUGGAUUAUUUUAUCCUCGACAAGACCGGCCACGAAAGUGGCAUGAAAUGCAAAGGAAUGUAUAGAAUGUUUAUUUUAUGAGCAAUUUUUCUUCCUUUUGUGAUUUGCCUUUAAAAAAAAAAAGUUUUGCGGUGCAGAUGUCUGAAGGGUGUUUCUUUAUUUUAACCUUGACUUAGGCAGUCAGCCCCAGAGUCAUCCUAAAUUCAUCAAGACCCGCCCCUCCCGUCCACCUCCAUCUCAUUGAGCCUGGAAUGUGUUCCGACCACGUUGAAUCACAUCCAGCUGUUUGAAACGAAAGACAAUCAACAAAGGCUCUCACAACAAGACACGUACAAACAAAUGCGUUGACAUUUGCAACAAACUUUUUUUCCCCCCCGAGGACUCCAGGAAUGGUUUCACUUUUUCACGUUGACAAAUAACGUUGUGAUCGCUUACUGUGAACGGGGGUAAAAAAAUGUCCUUUUGAUUUUAUUUCCACCGCCAUAAAGGCCAUGUGCGUGCGUGACUGUUUGAUAUUGUCAUUAAACAAGUCGAACUUUUA